AUUUUGAAUUCGGUUGCUUCAGCUCAAGUCGACACCAGCGUGUUUGCACUAAAUAUAGUUUGUCAGCAGCAGUGGCAACACUGAUCUUACAUGUUCAGAAAUGUCUUCAGCAGUCCUUCUACAUUCUGAAGAUCAGUUCCUGUGCUACAUCUGUCUGGACGUGUUAACUGAUCCAGUCGCAUUACAAUGUGGACACAACUUCUGCAACAAGUGCAUCACUGAACACUGGGAUACAAAAGCCCAGUAUGAUUGUCCCGCUUGUAAACAGGUUUUCCAACAAAGACCUCAGCUGAAGGUCAACACUUUCAUUUCUGAGAUGGUUGCUCAGUUUAGACAUGAAGCUGAACGGAAAACCAGCAGCAGCAACUCAGAGCAAGACAUUAUCACACCAGGAGAAGUUCUGUGUGAUGUCUGCACUGUGACAAAAAAGAAGGCCCUGAAGUCCUGCCUGGUGUGUCUGGCCACCUACUGUGAGACUCACCUGGAGCCUCAUCUAACGGCUCCACGUCUGAAAAGACAUCAACUGAUCCACCCUGUGGAGAAUCUGGAAGACAGGGUGUGUAAGAAGCAUGAAAAACCACUGGAGCUGUUUUGUAAGACAGACCAGACAUGUGUAUGCAUGCUCUGUGCUGUUUUAGAUCACAAGGACCAUCAGUUUGUUCCUCUGAAGGAAGAAUAUGAAGGGAAGAAGGAAGAGCUGAUGGAGACAGAGGCUGAGCUUCAGCAAAUGAUCCAGUUCAGACGAGUGAAGAUUGAGGAGACCAAACACUCAGUGAAGAUGAGUAAAGAUGAUGCAGACAGAGAGAAAGCAGAAGGGGUCCAGCUCUUUACUGCGCUGAAGGAGUCUGUGGACAGAGGCCUGAACAAGCUCAUUGAGGAAAUCGAAGACAAACAGAGAAAGGCAGCGAGAGAGGCUGAAGACACCAUCACAGAGCUGGAGCAUGAAGUCUCUGAGCUGAUGAAGAGGCACAUUAAGGUGGAACAUGUCUCUCUCUCUGAAGACCACCUCCAUUUCCUCCAAAGCUUCCCAUCCCUCAAAACUGCUCCACCCACCAAGGACUGGACAGAGGUCCCAGUCUGUCCACCAUCAUCAUAUGAGGGGACUGUGGUGAGAGCAGUAGCUCAGCUGGAGGAAAAUCUCCGUGAAAAGGCGCUGCAGUCAGAAGUGAAAAGGGUCCAGCAGUUUGCGGUGGAUGUGACUCUUGAUCCUGACACAGCACACGCUGAACUUGUCCUGUCUGAUGAUGGAAAACAACUUUAUCAUAGUGGUGAGAAGAAGAAUCUACCAGACAACCCAGAGAGAUUUUCUAAAUGUGUAUGUGCCUUAGGAAAGCAGAGUUUCUCUACAGGCAGAUUUUACUUUGAGGUUCAAGUCAAAGGAAAAACUGGUUGGGAUUUAGGAGUCGCCAGAUCAUCGAUCAAUAGGAAGGGGCCGAUCACCCUGAGCCCUCAGAAUGGUUACUGGUCAAUUAUGUUGAGAAAUGGAAAUGAGUACAGUGGAUGUGCCUCUCAUUUAGUCGGUCUCUCUCUGGCGUCUCAGCCUGAGAAUGUGGGGGUGUUUGUGGAUUACGACAGGGGGCUGGUCUCCUUUUAUGAUGUUGAUGCUGCAGCUCUUAUCUACUCCUUUACUGGCUGCUCCUUCACUGAGAAUCUCCACCCAUACUUCAGUCCAUGUCUUAAGUAUGGUGGUAAAAACUCUGCCCCUCUGAUCAUAUGUCCCGUGACUCAAAUUGAAUAGACAAACCAGUUACUAUGAACAGAGAAGUGAUUAGAGUGAGAAUUUGCAUCAAGAACUGAUGAUGAAUACUUUUUUUUGUAUCUGUGUUUUAUCCACAUAGAAAUGGAUCAGACAUUACAUUAAUUGUCAUUUAGCAGACACUUUUAUCCAGGGGUGGAGUUGAACUUGCAACCAUGAUGCACACAGGGUACCGGUCUUAAUGAAUGAGCCACUCCACCCCGGUCAACCAACAACCAAUAUGCUACUUUGGGAAAAUAAUGAUGUCAGAGUCAAACUCAAAUGCUAGUUGGGGUCCGCUGGGGUUCACUGGGGUCCAAUUCUAUACUGUCCCUUAUAAAGUGACCAGAUGAAUAAAGUGACUGUGCUGCAAUGCAGACAUAGGGAUGUUUCAGUGGCUUCUUCUUAUUUAAGGGUUUUAGCCACACAGCAAUUUUUUAUUUCUUAGAGGAAAAAAGUCUCCAGUCUUAUUUGUGGCUGAUGAUCCAAAAUGUCCCGUUCCAGUAAAACCUUUCACUUAUACCUGUUAUACCUGUUUUCUAUUAUCUUUCAAAAUGAUUGUCCUGCAGUGUACAACUCAUUUCUCACCUGAAAACAAGGUUUAUGCUUUCUGGGUUCUGUGGUGUGCCUCUUAUUGGAAUACUCCAUUAAGUACAGGCCAAGUGCAAAUACAGUAUAUAACCAACUCAUACAUGGCACACCUGGUUGUCUGUGCAAAUAUAAUGCUUAACUAUGAGAAUCUCUGGUCCAUAAAAAUGGAGAGAGUUUUUUGUUUGAUUGUUUGUUUUUGGGCUCAUGUGUGGAGUUAUACAGACGUGUUCUUGUUGUGUCUUGUUGACCUGGAGUGUGCUAAGGUCACCUUGAUUCAAUUAUCGUUUUUUUUUGUUGGUGUGUUAUAAUGAUGUAAUAGGUUGAAUCUUUUAAUAAUACGACAAAAAAACACACACACAAACACACACUCAGCUUUCAACAAAGACAGGCCUGGGAUAAAACACCUCCUCGGGUUGGCGUGUCUGUCAUCAAGGAGGCUGAACCGUCUCAUCCGUCAGCAUGGAUGAAAAGGCGUUCAUCAGAAUGGUGGGUUUUAAACAUGACCUACAUAGUUCAUAUUGAAAUGAUUAUGAUAGACAGGCAUGACAGGGCACAUCCUCUCAGCUUUAAAGUGAGGACCGUAGAUGUGUGGCGGCCAGAGAUGUAGAGAGUUGCCCGUGCCAAGUUUUCUAGCCGAACAUCAGAUCAGACGAGACCACCUCACAGCGUGGCACAUAUUUAAACUGCUCUGUUCAAUAAACAAAUAAAUAACAUGAGCGCUGCCACCCUGACUGUGAUUACAUGUGUCCCCCAAUCACGGUUACCCUACAUACACACUAUAGGGCAGCCACUGUAGUCUGUGUGUGCUGUUUCCGGGUUAGACAAAGCUUUUUGCAAUGAACUGAAGGCCAUUGAUGUUUGACAAAAAAUAAAUAAAAAUAAUAAUUUGACUCUUAACAGGGAGAGAUGAGGUUAAUGCCUUUUAGCUAUUGAACAGUGAAUUAAACAGCCUAGAAUGGUCGGAAUACACAAUGACAAUGAAGGUAAAACUGUAUCAAAUACUGUGUGUAGUAUAUAUAUUAUAACAUGUUUCACAAACUCUCUUGUUUCAUGACCCACUUAUUAUAGAUGACAAACCAUUGUGACCCAAAUCACAUUAUAAAGCAAUUUAUACCUCCAACCUCCACUCCACCAAUGAUUCAUGGUUGCCAAAUGUAAUGGUUGUUCCACUACCAGUACGUUUUUUUAUUUAAUUAUUGCUAUUUUGGUAUUUUAAUGUUCUACAGAUUCUGAAUUGUUCUGGUGAUUUUGCCUACUGCAGCUUUAAAUCCUGAUACUGCUCUUAUCUGUACUUCUACAUAUCCUGUAUCAUGUGUAAUCAAUAAAUGUAAAACACAAAGAAAAAUAUAUACAGUAUUUGUCUGAGAUCAAUGUGAAACACUGCACAUGCACUGCAAAUAGACUGUAUUAAAGGGAACAUUCUAAAAACAAAAAUCACUCGAGUUUAUACUAUAAUGCUAAUUCAAUGGUAACAGUGAUUCUUUAUAAACAUUACAAAUGACCACAAGAGGGAGCCUCCAUCCUUCUACCCUUGCUACAGUACCACAAUUUGUUCAAGUAUUCUGUACUUACAUAGUGUUUUUUCUAGUCUUGAUGACCACUCACUCACACCCAUUGACUCACACUUUGCUACUAAUACAUAUUUUUCAUACACAUUCACACACUGCUGGCAGAGCCAUCAGGAGCAACUUGCCCAAGAACCCAUUGACAUGUGAAGUAGAAGAGAUGGGGAUCAAACCCACAUCCUUCCAGUUCAAAGAUGAACCGUGUUAUUAUCCCUAAAAUAAUUCUAUUGUGAUGCCUAAUGCUUGCUCGUUGUGUGAAUUGUUGGUUUUCUCUUUUCUUUAUAACAUUUUAAAGGUGUCUGCCUUCCAAUGUACAGUGCCUUUAGGUAAUGUAUGCUGUGAUUUGGAGCUUGUGGAAAGGUACCAUCUGUUUUUUGACAAGGAUGAUGCAGCAGAAGUGUUUUUCUAUUUUCCCUAUGCCAGACUCCAAAGUUGACCCUGUGUUGGUAUUUAAAGUGAAAAAAAAAGGAAAUAUUUGCACAAAAAAAUCCCCUUCUGACAGAAGGGUCAAAACUAAAUAAUAAAAAAGAGAGAAUAAUUGCUAUCCCAGUAAUUCAAGAGAUCAAGAUUAAAGUAGACAUUUUACCAGGUAACACACUCAACUAACAAACCACAUUGAUACACUACAAUUAAACCACAACAAUAAAUGUGAUAGUUAUAGAAAAUCUAAAUACAUUAAAUAAAACAAAUUAAAAGGACAAUACAGUGAUUAAUUGGGACCGACGGGCGCUACCACUGUGCCACUGGUGCAACAAGCGAGGGAGGUUGACAGACGUUCACUUUUGGCACAAUCGCCAUUCAC